GAAAGAGACUGAGACAGCGUUCACUGCAGAGACCUCAUACUACAGGCGCGGAGAGACCAGCACACACUACAGAGAAAUACAACUCAAAGAGUGGCUAGCUGUACUUUUCUGAGCAUCGAGGAAUAACCGCAGAAGGGGUUUUAUCUCAGAAAACUUUCCCGGUUGUGGUUCACGGUUCUGGGGGAAGUGAGCGGACUGGACCAUGCUGCCGGCUGGUUCUGACAGAUCCGGUGUGAGGAGGGUCCUGUCUCUUUUGGUUCUGGUCUGGGUAGUUGGGCUGGCUCCACUGGAAGCUGGAGAGUUUGAAGGGGAUCCCACGCCUUCUAGGGGGCCUCCAGCCGGGGGGGCCGCAGAGAAACUCCGCAGCGCACUGGCCAGUGGCAGGGGGGCCCUGUCCCGCAGACAGGAGCUGCUGGAGUCGAUGUUGCAGCAGGAGAGGGCAUUACUCUCAACUGCCCUCCCCGAUGAGCUGCUGCCCAGACAGAUCCUCCCAGAGGGGGCGAGCCGACGGAAACCCCUCUCCCAGAAACAGAUCAAAGCGGCCCACAAGAGACUCCGGCUCCAGACCACCACAGUGACACUACCAAGCCCCUCCCUGGAACCCCUCCCCUCGCACCCUCCCUCCCUGCUUCCACCCACCGACCCCCCCACCACGCACAGGCCCCGCCUCCUGGGGGACACCAUCACCAUGAUGACAGAGACCAGUGGGAACCCUCCCAGUCCUACCCUGAACCUCCCUCCCAGUCCUACCCUCUCAUCCUCCCCUUUACUUCAGAUCAGUCCCCCACUGGGGGGGGGGACCCCCCCCACCCCACACACCAACCCGCCAAGCAGUGCAGCGCCCUCCAGGGGUCUGCCACUGAACAGCACAGCAGAGACAAGGGGAGUGGAGGAGGAGGAGGGGGGCCAGGAGAGCAACACCUCCACCAUCAUCCUCACCACUGUCAUCUCAACAGAGAACCCGCCAGUGGCCUGCAGUGUGAACUUCUCUGAUCCCGAAGGCUACAUCGACUCAACUGACUACCCUCCCCUGCCGCUGUAUGCAUACCAGGAGUGCACCUACAACGUGGCAGUGUACACUGGGUACGGGGUCGAGCUGCAGGUGAAGAGUGUGAACCUCUCUGAAGGGGAGCAGCUGUCUAUCAGGGGAGUGGAGGAGGGCGGAGCUCUGCUUGUCCUGGCCAAUGAGACGCUGCUGGUUGAGGGUCAGGUGAUACGCAGUCCCACCAAUACCAUCUCUGUGUUCUUCCGCACCUUUCUGGAGGGAGGAAUGGGCACCUUCCAACUGCACUACCAGAUCUUCUUGCUGAGCUGUGCACUGCCCAGACGGCCUCACUAUGGGGAGGUGGCUGUGAUGGAUCUGCACCCCGGGGGCAUGGCACACUUCCACUGUCACCUGGGCUACCAGCUGCAGGGAGAGAGCACACUCGUCUGCCUUAACGACUCCCGGCCACACUGGAGCAGCAAGGUGCCCAGUUGCAAGGCGCUGUGCGGGGGCGCUGUGCGCAAUGCCUCCAUCGGCAGGGUCCUGUCCCCGAAUCACCCCGGGAACUACAGCAACAACCUGAACUGCAGCUGGACUCUGGAGGCAACGGGAGUUCAGAAGGUGCACCUGCACUUUGAGAGGCUGGCAAUCGCUGGCAAGGGGGACAGGUUGCUGGUUUUGAGCGGGACAGGGGACAACGCUACGGUUCUGUUUGACUCGGCGCACGGAGGUCUCGUCCCAUUCGAGGGGGUGAUCAGCGAGGGACAGUCCGUGCUCGUGCAGUUCACCUCGGACACCGAACACACCGCCACAGGCUUCAACAUCCGCUACGAAGCGUUCGAGCGGGGGCACUGCUACGAGCCGUACCUGCAGAAUGGGAACUUCACCACCUCUGACCCCUCGUACAACGUGGGCACCAUCGUGGAGUUCACCUGUGAGGCGGGGCACUCCCUGGAGCAGGGGCCCCCCGUCAUCGAGUGUGUCAAUCUGAGAGACCCCUACUGGAACGACACCGAGCCCGUAUGUAAAGCUCUGUGUGGAGGGGAGCUCUCUGCCCCCAGCGGUCUCAUCCUCUCCCCAAACUGGCCCGACACCUACGGGGAGGGAGAGGACUGCAGCUGGAGGAUUCACGUGGGGGAGGAGCGUCGCAUCCUGCUCGACAUCCACCUCCUCAACCUCAGUAACAGUGACAUCAUGACGAUCUACGACGGGGACGAGGUGACCACGCGCAUCCUGGGGCAGUACAUCGGGGGCACGAGCCCCUUCAAACUGUACUCCUCCACCCCCGACCUCACUGUGCAGUUCCACUCGGACCCCGCCGGCAUGGUGUUCGGCAAGGGAGAGGGCUUCGUCAUCAACUACAUGGAGGUGUCCCGGAACGACUCGUGCUCCGACCUGCCCGAGAUCCAGAACGGCUGGAAGACAACGUCGCACACGGAGCUGGUCCGCGGCGCCCGCAUCACCUACCAGUGCGACCCUGGCUACGACAUCGUGGGCAGCGAGACCCUCACCUGCCAGUGGGACCUGGUGUGGAGCAGCCAGCCACCCUUCUGUGAGAAGAUCAUGUACUGCACUGACCCGGGGCAGGUGGAGCACUCCAGCCGCACCCUCUCGGACCCCAAGCUGCUUGUCGGCACCACCAUCCAGUACACCUGCACUCCCGGCUACAUCCUGGAGGGCGGCGCUAUGCUCACCUGCUACGGGCGAGAGACGGGCACCCCAGUGUGGACCUCGCGGCUUCCACGCUGCUCCUGUGAGUCACGCACACACGGGGUCUUCAUAAUAAUACAAACACUAUACUACUGCUGCUAAUGCUACCACUACUGC